UCUAAUGCCGGCACCGGUUUUCGAAUUCAAACGGCUUUUCUGUCUCUACUCCAGACGUAGAACUGUAGCUGCGGAAGUCAGGAAGCAGAUCUCAGGGCAGUAUGGAGGAUCUCCCCAGCUUCUCAAAAACCUCAACAUUGGAGGCAGCGUCUCUCAUCACACAACUGUGCCACUUACAGAAGCAGUGGAACCAGUUGAUUUGGAAGACUACCUUGUUACCCACCCAAUUGCGGUAGAGUCUGGCCCCCUGAGAGACUUGCUUGAAUUUCCUCCAGAUGACAUUGAGGUCGUGUAUACCCCCCGGGAAUGUCGGACCCUUGUGUCGGCUGUACCUGAGGAGAGUGAGAUGGACCCUCAUGUGAGGGAUUGUGUAAGAAGUUACACAGAAGACUGGGCGAUUGUGAACAGAAAAUACCACAAACUAGGAACAGGAUUUAAUCCCAACACCUUAGACAAACAGAAGGAGAGGCAAAAGGGGCUCCCUAAGCAGAUCUUUGAGUCUGAUGAAGCUCCAGAUGGCAACAGUUACCAGGAUGAACAAGAUGACCUUAAACGGCGUUCAAUGUCAAUUGACGAUACUCCCCGGGGCAGCUGGGCAUGCAGUAUUUUUGAUCUGAAGAACUCCCUUCCAGAUGCCCUUCUACCAAACCUACUGGACCGAACCCCAAAUGAAGAGAUUGACCACCACAAUGAAGAUCAGAGGAAGUCCAGUAGGCAUAAGGAGCUUUUUGCACUACAUCCAGCACCGGAUGAGGAGGAGCCUAUAGAACGACUUAGUGUUCCUGAAGUACCCAAAGAACAUUUUGGCCAGAGACUCCUGGUGAAAUGUUUGUCUCUUAAAUUCGAAAUAGAAAUUGAGCCCAUUUUUGCAAGUUUGGCUUUGUAUGAUGUUAAGGAAAAGAAAAAGAUUUCAGAAAAUUUCUACUUUGAUUUAAACUCUGAACAAAUGAAAGGAAUGCUUCGUCCACAUGUACCUCCUGCUGCUAUAUCCACACUGGCCAGAUCUGCCAUCUUUUCCAUCACUUAUCCCUCUCAAGAUGUCUUUCUGGUAAUAAAGCUAGAAAAAGUAUUACAGCAGGGAGAUAUUGGGGAGUGCGCAGAGCCUUACAUGAUUUUUAAAGAAUCUGAUGCAGCAAAGAAUAAGGAGAAGUUGGAAAAACUGAAAUGCCAGGCAGAACAGUUUUGCCAAAGACUAGGCAAGUAUCGAAUGCCUUUUGCCUGGACAGCCAUUCAUUUAAUGAACAUUGUGAGCAGCGCUGGAAGUCUGGAAAGAGAUUCCACAGAAGUAGAAGUUGGCACAGGAGAACGUAAAGGAUCUUGGUCAGAGAGACGGAAUUCCAGUAUUGUCGGGAGGCGUUCAUUAGAAAGAACCACUAGUGGGGAUGAAGCGUGCAAUUUGACCAGUUUCAGACCAGCUACUCUGACAGUGACAAACUUCUUUAAACAGGAGGGUGAUCGCCUGAGUGAUGAAGAUUUGUACAAGUUUCUUGCAGAUAUGAGAAGGCCAUCAUCAGUGUUACGGAGACUGAGGCCUAUUACAGCUCAACUAAAGAUAGACAUAUCUCCAGCUCCAGAGAAUCCCCAUUACUGUCUAACUCCAGAGUUGCUUCAAGUCAAACUUUACCCAGACAGCAGAGUUAGACCUACAAGAGAAAUCCUGGAGUUUCCUGCCAGGGAUGUCUACAUUCCGAAUACCACGUACAGGAAUCUUCUUUAUGUCUAUCCUCAGAGCCUUAACUUUGCCAACCGCCAAGGAUCUGCCAGGAAUAUCACUGUAAAAGUCCAGUUCAUGUAUGGAGAGGAUCCAAGCAAUGCUAUGCCGGUCAUCUUCGGCAAAUCUAGCUGUCCUGAAUUUUCCAAAGAAGCAUACACAGCUGUAGUAUAUCACAACAGAUCGCCUGAUUUUCAUGAGGAAAUCAAGAUCAAGCUUCCAGCCACUUUAACGGAUCACCACCACCUGCUUUUUACUUUCUACCAUGUCAGUUGCCAACAAAAACAAAACACCCCCCUGGAGACUCCAGUUGGAUACACUUGGAUACCGAUGCUUCAAAAUGGACGGUUAAAGACUGGUCAGUUCUGCCUACCUGUUUCAUUGGAAAAACCACCACAAGCUUAUUCAGUGCUUUCUCCAGAGGUGCCACUUCCUGGAAUGAAGUGGGUAGAUAAUCACAAAGGUGUUUUCAAUGUAGAAGUUGUUGCUGUAUCAUCCCUCCAUACUCAGGACCCUUAUCUUGACAAGUUCUUUGCACUUGUCCAUGCUCUGGAUGAGCACAUGUUCCCUGUGCGAAUAGGAGACAUGAGAAUUAUGGAAAACAACUUGGAAAAUGAACUGAAGAGCAGCAUUUCAGCUUUAAAUUCCUCCCAACUGGAGCCGGUAGUGCGAUUUCUUCAUCUCCUGCUUGACAAACUGAUUCUUCUGGUAGUAAGACCUCCUGUCAUUGCAGGCCAAAUAGUUAACCUGGGCCAAGCAUCUUUCGAAGCAAUGGCAUCGAUUAUAAACAGACUUCACAAGAACUUGGAUGGAAACCAGGACCAGCACGGCAGAAACAGCCUUCUUGCUUCCUAUAUUUAUUAUGUUUUUCGCCUACCAAAUACCUAUCCCAAUUCACCAUCACCAGGUCCCGGUGGCUUAGGGGGAUCAGUGCAUUGGAACCGCUCACGGAGUCUCAGCAACAGCAACCCAGAUAUAUCUGGGACCCCCACCUCACCAGAUGAUGAAGUUCGUUCCAUCAUUGGCAGUAAGGGUUUAGACCGCUCCAAUUCCUGGGUAAACACUGGUGGUCCAAAAGCAGCCCCAUGGGGAUCCAACCCCAGCCCAAGUGCAGAGUCAACACAGGCUACGGAUCGAAGUUGUAAUCGUAUGUCUUCGCACACUGAGACGUCAAGUUUCUUACAAACAUUAACAGGACGAUUACCAACUAAAAAGCUUUUUCACGAAGAGCUGGCCUUACAGUGGGUCGUGUGCAGUGGAAGUGUGCGGGAGGCAGCCCUACAGCAGGCCUGGUUCUUCUUUGAACUGAUGGUGAAGAGCAUGGUGCAUCAUUUGUAUUUUGCUGACAAACUGGAUGCUCCAAGAAAGAAUCGUUUUCCUGAGCGUUUCAUGGAUGAUGUAACUGCUUUGGUCAGCACAAUUGCUGGUGAUAUAGUUUCUCGGUUUCAGAAGGAUACAGAAAUGGUCGAAAGGCUCAACACCAGUCUUGCAUUUUUCCUCAAUGAUCUGUUGUCUAUCAUGGACAGAGGGUUUGUCUUUGUCCUUAUUAAGACCUGCUACAAACAGGUGUCUUCAAAGCUCUAUUCCUUAACAAAUCCAAGUAACCUGGCGUCUUUGAGACUGGACUUUCUUCGCAUCAUCUGCAGCCAUGAGCACUACGUCACCUUGAAUUUGCCUUGCAGCUUGCUCACACCGCCUGCAUCUCCAUCACCGUCUGUGUCUUCAGCAACUUCUCAGAGUUCUGGGUUCUCCACAAAUGUCCAAGACCAGAAGAUUGCAAAUAUGUUUGAAUUGUCUGUGCCUUUCCGCCAACAGCAUUACUUGGCUGGGCUUGUGUUAACUGAACUGGCUGUCAUUUUAGAUCCUGAUGCAGAAGGUUUAUUUGGAUUGCAUAAGAAGGUCAUCAAUAUGGUACACAAUUUACUGUCCAGUCACGACUCGGAUCCGCGGUACUCUGACCCACAGGUAAAGGCCCGGGUGGCUAUGCUGUAUCUACCUCUGAUUGGCGUGAUCAUGGAAACCGUGCCUCAGCUUUAUGAUUUUACAGAGAGUCACAACCAGCGAGGGAGGCCAAGCUGCGUCGCUGUUGAAGAUUAUGAAAGCGAGGGUGGAAGCAUGAUAAGCCAGACGGUUGCCAUGGCCAUUGCAGGAACAUCGGUCCCUCAGCUCACUCGGCCCAGCAGUUUUCUACUCACCUCAUCGAGUGGAAGGCAGCACUCCACCUUCUCAACAGAGUCCAGCCGUAGCCUCUUGAUCUGUCUCUUGUGGGUGCUCAAAAACGCAGAUGAAAGUGUCCUGCAGAAAUGGUUCACGGACCUGUCAGUGCUACAGCUCAAUCGCCUGCUGGAUUUGCUUUAUCUCUGUGUAUCCUGCUUUGAGUACAAGGGCAAGAAAGUGUUUGAAAGAAUGAACAGUCUAACGUUCAAGAAGUCAAAGGACAUGAGAGCCAAACUUGAAGAAGCUAUCCUGGGAAGCAUAGGAGCAAGACAGGAAAUGGUCCGAAGAAGUAGAGGACAACUCGAGAGAAGUCCUUCCGGGAGCGCAUUUGGAAGUCAAGAGAAUUUGAGAUGGAGAAAGGAUAUGACUCACUGGCGUCAAAACACAGAAAAGCUUGACAAAAGCCACAAACCAGCCAGAUCAAGGGCGGAGAUAGAACAUGAGGCACUUAUUGAUGGAAAUCUUGCAACAGAAGCAAAUCUGAUUAUUUUGGAUACACUAGAGAUAGUUGUCCAGACUGUUUCUGUGACGGAGUCCAAAGAAAGUAUCCUCGGCGGGGUGCUGAAAGUGCUUCUGCACAGCAUGGCCUGUAACCAAAGUGCACUUUAUCUCCAACACUGCUUCGCCACACAGAGGGCUUUGGUUUCAAAGUUCCCUGAGCUGCUGUUUGAAGAAGAGACUGAGCAGUGUGCAGAUCUGUGCCUGAGGCUCCUGAGACACUGUAGCAGCAGUAUCAGUACAAUACGGUCACAUGCGAGCGCCUCUCUUUACCUUCUGAUGAGGCAAAACUUUGAGAUUGGGAACAACUUUGCCAGAGUGAAAAUGCAGGUGACCAUGUCUCUCUCAUCCCUGGUGGGGACGUCCCAGAACUUCAAUGAGGAAUUUUUGCGACGUUCCCUGAAGACUAUUUUGACAUAUGCUGAAGAAGAUCUGGAACUCAGGGAGACAACAUUCCCUGAUCAGGUCCAGGAUCUUGUGUUCAAUCUCCAUAUGAUCCUCUCUGACACAGUUAAAAUGAAGGAGCAUCAAGAAGAUCCAGAAAUGCUGAUUGACCUGAUGUACAGGAUUGCAAAGGGCUAUCAGAAUUCCCCUGACCUGCGGCUGACCUGGUUACAGAACAUGGCUGGGAAGCACUCCGAGAGGAGCAAUCAUGCUGAAUCAGCCCAAUGUUUGGUCCAUUCGGCAGCCUUGGUGGCUGAAUAUCUAAGCAUGCUUGAAGACCGGAAAUACCUCCCUGUAGGGUGUGUUACAUUUCAGAACAUAUCUUCUAAUGUUUUGGAAGAGUCAGCAGUUUCUGAUGAUGUUGUAUCACCAGAUGAAGAAGGUAUCUGUUCUGGGAAGUAUUUUACAGAAGCUGGUCUGGUGGGAUUGCUGGAACAGGCUGCAGCAUCUUUCUCAAUGGCUGGCAUGUAUGAAGCAGUUAAUGAAGUUUACAAAGUCCUUAUUCCUAUACACGAAGCUAACAGAGAUGCCAAGAAGCUAUCUACUAUUCAUGGUAAACUCCAAGAGGCAUUCAGCAAGAUUGUUCAUCAGAGUACUGGCUGGGAGAGGAUGUUUGGCACCUACUUCCGGGUUGGGUUUUAUGGAACUAAAUUUGGAGACCUGGAUGAGCAAGAAUUUGUUUACAAGGAACCUGCGAUAACAAAGUUAGCUGAAAUCUCUCACAGGCUCGAGGGAUUUUAUGGAGAACGGUUUGGGGAAGAUGUGCUUGAAGUUAUUAAGGACUCAAACCCCGUGGACAAAUGUAAACUAGAUCCUAACAAGGCCUACAUUCAGAUAACCUACGUGGAGCCUUACUUUGACACGUAUGAGAUGAAGGACAGGAUAACUUACUUCGACAAAAACUACAACUUGCGGCGUUUCAUGUACUGCACACCCUUCACACUGGAUGGCCGAGCUCACGGGGAGCUGCACGAGCAGUUCAAGCGCAAAACAAUCCUGACAACAUCCCAUGCUUUCCCUUACAUUAAAACGAGGAUAAACGUCAUUCACAAAGAGGAGAUCAUUUUGACGCCCAUUGAAGUUGCCAUAGAGGACAUGCAGAAGAAAACACAGGAAUUAGCUUUUGCAACUCACCAAGACCCUGCAGAUCCAAAGAUGCUCCAGAUGGUGCUGCAAGGAUCAGUAGGGACCACAGUAAACCAGGGACCAUUAGAAGUCGCACAAGUUUUCUUAUCUGAAAUACCCAAUGAUCCAAAGCUCUUCAGACAUCAUAACAAGCUACGGCUCUGUUUCAAAGAUUUCACAAAAAGAUGUGAAGAUGCUCUGCGCAAGAAUAAGAGCCUGAUUGGUCCAGACCAAAAGGAGUAUCAGCGAGAACUUGAAAGGAAUUAUCACCGGUUAAAGGAAGCUCUCCAGCCUUUGAUAAAUAGAAAGAUCCCGCAGUUAUAUAAGGCAGUGCUGCCAGUCGCUUGCCACAGAGACUCCUUCAGCAGGAUGAGCCUUCGCAAAAUGGAUAUCUAAACAAGUUAAAAACCCAAAUAAAAAAAGCACUUAAAAUUAAGGUAUUGAAAAGAAAGAUCCUUGUUAUCAGCGCUGGGAAUCAAAGAAGUUUUAUUCUGAAAUAAAACUUGGACUUCAUCCUGGACAUCCCACACCUCUUCCUCCAUCAAAGUGUUCAGUGGCCAAAAAUCAUUCUGAAUUGUCAAAUAUAGACUUGUCAAUGUUUGAAAAAAAUCAUGAAUCAUGGCAGUGGUAUCCAGAGUUUUGGUGAUUGAUAAGCUGUAAACUAACUUACCUGUUUUUAAGGCAUUUUUAUGACUCAAAGGUACACUAAACGCAUUUACCUUUAUUUAUAGCAUUACCUAAUGUUAAAUUUAUUUACUUUCAGUUCAUAUAUUUAAUUUAUAUUAGGACCAUACGCAAAUGCAUUUUUGAAGUUUUUAAUGUAGUGAUGGUUAUUUUGAUGGUACUAUUAAAUAUGUGAAUGUUUACACUUUAA